AUGGGUAGUCUAUUGCCUGAAGAUGGUUGUAUUCCAAAGUUUGCCCAAUUGUACAUUUAUGAUACAGAAAAUGAGAUUAAUCGUAGGAUAAACUCUGUGAGGGGGAGGAAUGAUUUGAAUAAUCUGCAUUCAGAAAUAGUUGUUGAUCUCCAAAAAAUGUUGGAUGAAGAAAAUGUUUUGGUCAAAUCCUUCCGAAUGGUCAAAGACAAGAUUAAUGAAGAAAAUCAUCCAAAUGUCAGUUUAAGAUUACUUGGCAAGAGAGGUAGGGAUGGGAGAACUUAUAACCUUCCUACUGUUUCCGAGGUUGCUUUGCUUGUGGUUGGUGAUUUUGAUGAAGCUUGGCAAUUUGUUGUUGAUGCUUAUACUAUGAUUGAGACUGGUCGUCUAAGGUUCGUACGCACACAAAAGAAAAAAUUACGGGCUGAAAUGUAUAAUGGUCUUGCGGAGGCUGUUCUUCGAGGUGAGACAGAUGGUUCAAUGCAUGGUAAACGAAUCAUUUUGCCUUCAAGUUUUGUUGGUGGGGCAAGAUAUAUGAUUCAGAAUUACCAAGAUGCCAUGGCAAUUUGUAGAUGGUUUGGUUAUCCAAAUUUGUUUAUUACCUUUACUUGUAAUCCGAAAUGGCCAGAGAUUGUUAGAUUUCUUGGUGCCAAGGGGUUGAAACCGGAUGAUCGACCCGAUGUUGUCUGUAGGAUUUUUAAAGUGAAGUUGGAUAAUUUGAUAAGAGAUCUUAAGACCAACCAAAUUUUUGGAGCUGUGAAAGCGGUUGUGUAUACUAUUGAGUUUCAGAAACGUGGAUUGCCUCAUGCCCAUAUUUUGCUUUUCUUAAGCAAUGAGGACAAAUUACCUCAACCUAGACGCAUUGAUGAGAUUAUUUCUGCUAAAAUUCCUGAUCCAGCAAUUGAUCCUUGCUAUUAUGAAAAUGUCAAAGAAUUCAUGGUGCAUGGACCAUGUGGUGUUGUUCGUAAAUCUUCUCCGUGCAUGCGUGAUGGAAGAUGUUCGAAAUAUUUCCCAAAGCAAUAUCUUGAUGCCACAAAGUUUGAUGAUGAUGGUUUUCCGGUUUACAGACGUAGAGAUAAUGGUCGUGUUGUUAUGAAGGAUGGUGUGCCCUUGGAUAAUAGAUAUAUUGUUCCACACAACCGUGCAUUGCUUAUGAAAUACGGUGGUCACAUCAAUGUUGAGUGGUGCAAUCAAUCGCAAUCCAUCAAGUAUUUGUUUAAGUACAUAAACAAGGGUCAUGAUCGUGUUACAACGUCUUUUUUCCAAACUGGUGCGGAUGGUGCUAGGCAGAAUUUGGAUGAAGUUAGUUUGUACUAUGAUUGUAGGUAUAUAUCGUCAUGUGAAGCUGCUUGGAGAAUUUUCGGAUUUGAAAUUCAAUAUAAGGAGCCUUCUGUUGAAAGACUGAGUUUUCACCUUCCGAAUGAACAACAUGUUAUUUUUAAUGAAUCAGAUCCGUUGGACAACGUUCUAAAUCGUCAUACUAUUCAUCAAAGCAAGUUUUUGGGUUGGAUGGAGGCAAAUAAGAUUUAUUCUGAAGGUCGAAAUCUCACUUAUGGAGAAUUUCCGACCAAAUUUGUGUGGAAAACCCAUCAUUGGCAACCUAGAAAACAACGGUUUUCCAUAGGGAGGUUGUUUUAUGUUGCUCCAGGUUCUGGUGAUAUCUAUUACUUGAGAUGUUUGUUGAAUAUUGUUAAAGGAGCUACAUCAUACGAAGACAUUAGAUGUGUCAAUGGGGUUCAAUAUGAUACGUUUCGAGAUGCCAGCUAUGCAUUAGGAUUGUUGGAUGAUGAUAAAGAAUAUGUUGAUGGCAUUAUAGAGGCAUCCUUUUGGUCUUCUGCGCAUUCUAUAAGAUUGUUAUUUGUGAGUUUAUUGACAUCAGAAUCUAUUUCAAGGCCGGAUUUUGUUUGGCGAAGUUGUUGGAAAUAUUUAUCAGAUGAUGUUCAGUAUAACCAACGAAAAUUAAGAAAUCAUGCAGGUUUGAUGCUGGAUGACGAAGAAAUUCAGAAUUUUGCAUUGGCGGAGAUUGAGAAAUUGUUGUUAAAUUUUGGGAAAAGUUUGCGCGAUUUCCAGGGCAUGCCUUAUCCAAGAUCGGAGUAUUUUGAAUCAUUUGACAAUAAGUUGAUUAGCGAUGAGUUAUGUUAUGAUCGUGAAUCUUUAGGAAGAGAACAUUUGGAAUUUCUUACCAAGUUCACUGAUGAACAACUUUAUGUUCAUGAUACUAUUAUGUCAUCUGUCUAUUCAAGUGAUGGAGGAAUGUUUUUUGUCUAUGGUUAUGGAGGUACUGGUAAAACUUUCAUAUGGAAGUCUUUGUCAGCCGGGAUUCGUUCUAAGGGUGAUAUUGUUUUAAACGUGGCAUCGAGUGGCAUAGCUUCUUUACUUUUGCCUGGAGGUAGAACAGCUCAUUCUCGAUUUAAGAUUCCCAUCAUUGUUAAUGAAGAUUCUAUGUGCAAUAUAAAACCAGGGAGUGCACUUGCUGAACUGAUUGUAAGAGCUAAGCUUAUCAUAUGGGAUGAAGCUCCGAUGAUUCAUAAACAUUGCGUAGAAGCUGUGGAUAGGACUUUUAGAGAUAUUAUGCGUGUAUGUAAUGAACGUAGUACGGACAAACCCUUUGGCGGAAAAACAGUUGUUUUUGGAGGUGAUUUCAGACAAAUCUUACCAGUUGUUCCUAAGGGUAGUAGGCAAGAUGUUGUGAAUGCCGCUCUUAACUCUUCAUAUCUUUGGAGGAAUUGCACAGUUCUGAGGUUGACCAAAAACAUGCGACUUUUGAGUGCUGCAUCUUCUGUUGAAGUUUCACAACUGAAGGAAUUUUCUUCUUGGGUUGCUUCUAUUGGAGAUGGAGUUGUUGGUGGUCCAAAUGAUGGUGAUGUCACUAUUGAUCUUCCUUCUGACAUUGUUUUGUCUAAUUCUGGGGAUCCUCUUAGAACAAUUGUUUCAACGAUAUAUCCAUCAUAUAUGAAUCAUGAGGACUUGAUGAAAUGUUUGCAUGAUCGUGCCAUACUUGCUCCUACUUUAGAGGUUGUCGAUGAGGUUAACCAAUUCAUGAUGUCGUUGGAUCAGUCUGAGGGUCGAGUUUAUUUGAGUUCUGAUAGUAUCUCAAACUCAGAUUUGACCUCAAAUGGCUUAGCUGAGAUACAUUCUGUUGAAUUCUUGAAUAAGUUGAAGUGUUCAGUCUUCAGUCAUGGACAGUUGUAUGUUGCUAUAUCUAGAGUUACGAGUCGUGGAGGUCUCAAGAUUUUAGUUUGUGGAGAUGAAGAUGAUAAUAGAAGUGAUGCUACUAUUAAUGUUGUUUACAAAGAAGUUUUUCAAAACUUAUGA